AUGCAUGCGUUGGCUCUUUAAGAGCAGAGGGAGGGGUUCGCUCCAUGGUUUGGCUGCGGUGUUUUUGUCUCUGUCAGUGAGACUGCUGGCCUUAUCGACUGAGGGGACUGGAAGGGGGAUUUUGGUGGCACCCGUAAGAGAGUCGCAGGAAUCGAAAGAGGAGAGCGAGGAGGUCGGGGAAGAGAGACCAUCAUUGCAGCACAGUGAGUUAGAGGCAACUGAGAGAGCGGAAGAAGAAAGAGCCGGCAGAGGUCAGCUGCUAUCUCCUGAUCAUCAGCUGACAGAGAGAGAUUGGCUGGUGAAUGACAAUCAUGGCUCAGGUGCUUCAUAUGGACUCCAGUUUUCCUGGGAAGAUUAACCCCCCGGCACCCCCCUCCUUGCAUGGAAAGGAACAAGAGGCUCCAUACUCAGUAGAGACCCCCUACGGCUACCGUCUGGACCUGGACUUCCUCAAGUAUGUCAAUGAUAUUGAGAAAGGAAACACUAUUAAGAAGGUGCCAGUGCAGCGGCGCCCACGUUACGGCUCACUUCCACGUGGCUACGGCUACACGGGCUCCUGGUGGACCUCCACUGAGUCACUGUGCUCCAAUGCCAGCAUGGACAGCCGCCACUCGUCAUACUCCUAUUGUGCGCCGGGCUUCCACAGCACACAGCGGCCCAACUUCAGUACGGCACGUGUGGAGAAGACCUUGCUGGAUGCUCGCCGCAAGCUGGAGGAGGAGAAGGAUGGCCGUCGUUUCUCGAACCUGGGCAGCAUGCACAGCAGCGUUGGUGGCUCCAACACCUCCCUGUCCAGUGCGCACAGCUUCAAUCGUGCCCAGGGAGGUGGCUCCUAUACGCCAAUGAGCUCUGGCUUGUCCACACCCGUCUCACCGACACCUGCCCAUCUGCAGCAUGUGCGGGAGCAGAUGGCCGUCGCCCUGCGGAAGAUCCGGGAGCUGGAGGAGCAGGUAAAGACCAUCCCGGUGCUGCAAGUGAAGAUCUCCGUGCUUCAGGAGGAGAAGAGGCAGCUCAGUGUGCAACUAAAGAGCCAGAAGUUCCUGGGGCAUACGCUGGGGUUCAGUCGAAGCCGUCCAAGAGGAGACCUUUACAUCGACAUACCCGAGGAGGAGGCGGGAAAUGGGGCAGGAGUCUCGAACAGAGCCACAGGGAGUCUUUCACCUACCACUCCGGGCUCCCUCCAGGACUCAGGGUGUGAAAUCGAGGAGACUGUAAUUGUCAGUGGAGCUCGUCCAGGUGCAAGGCGGGAGGUGCGAACCGUCGGUGUGGGGCCUGAGGCGGAAGAAAGGAGUUAUUGUCAAGUAGGAGUAGGGGUGCGAGAGGAAGACUUGGGGCUUCUGCCUGAAACUGAAGCCCUCAAGACUAAGGUGGGGCUUUUAGAAGUUCAGCUGAGGGAAACGUUGCAGAAGCUACAGAGCGCUCAGCAGCAAGUCGAAGGGGCUCAGAGAGAGAGACAGGCUCUUUCCCCUCAGGUAGACCAUGCAGUGAGAGCCACUAGUCUCGGCUGGCAGGAGCAGCAGGGUCAGGCUGGUGCCGGCCUGCACACUGUUGUCAGUUUUACACAGCAACCUCAUCAGCAGAGGACCGUGGGGAUCCAAGUGUACACGUUGGAGCAGCCCACAGUGGUGGGUGUGGGGAAGCUGCUAAGAGCCCAGAGUUGCAGUUCUCCCGCUCAGCCCUUGUCUGUACCGGAGGGGCCCCACAGAAGACAUGCAGAGUCCCCUGCAGCUGAGGAAUUACCACGUGAGUUUCCCAUUGCAAUAAGCUCUAAGCAGGUGCGGGAGGUCUUGAGAAGCGAAGUGUCCAAAUCAGUACCAGUGACCAACCAGGCAACCGCUAUGGAGACAAAGUGCAGCCAAGUUGCUGCUGUCUGCCAACGGCUAAAUGAGGGAGAUAUUUACCAGCAACCAGCAGAAGAAGCCAUCCAAAUCGAUCCAUCAAAACCAGCCUCCCCUCAGUCCACACUGAGGUCAAUCAUGAAGAGAAAGGCUGAUGGGGAACCUGGCUCUCCGUCCACUAAAAAGAACCUGCAGUUCAUAGGAGUCAAUGGGGGGUACGAGUCGACAUCCUCUGAAGAGAGCAGCUCGGAAAGUUCAGAAGAUGAGAGUGAUGCAAGCGAAUACCACGAGGCUACAGAGAAACUGCCGGAUUCUGCGGCACAGCCAUCUCAGGUGACCUCCUGCAUCCUGCAGCCCACCUCUCAGACAGAAGAUGCCCAAACACCUCAGCAAAGCACUGCCCAGCCACCAGCCAAUCACACUGCAGCACAGCUAAGCACCAGCCAAUCACAUGCCACGGAUGCAGCUACCCAGCAACAGGUCACCCAGUCACCAGCAGCAGAGGCAGACAUACAGCACUGUGUGAGCCAAUCGUCAGUGACCACCACGGCUCAUCCGGAGGGUGUCGUUCAGUCCACAGAGUUCAAAUGCGUUUUUCAAGUGCAUACCUCUGAAAGCCCUGCCGUUUCUCUUGAACAAAACUCUGUCCAGUUAUCAUCCACCAGCAUUGCAGUGCAGCAAUCCAAAGCCACUGAUUCAAAUGUCCAGCCAGAGGUUUCAGACCUCGCUGCUCAACAGACGACAACUCAGUCACAAUCCACCGGUGCCAAACCUCAGCAAGAGGUUAGCCAAUCAGAAACCGCUGACCUCAACUCCCAACAGGGAGCAACGCGUUCACAAUCUACUGAUGCCUCAGCAAAACAGGACAUAGCCAUAUCCUCCGCCACUGACACAGCAGCUAAUAAACAAGCAAGCAGGCUGGAAUUGAGUGGCAGUCUCAUGACGGCCCUCCACACCUUGCAGAAGGCCCUCAGCGAACCAAAUGCAUUUAGCCAUCAAGACGCGAGGACGGCCUACACCAGCGUGCUGCAGGAGUGGCUCAGAGUGUCCUGUCACAAGGCUGCUGACACUGCAGUUGUCAAGGCAUACAUGGACACCUUUGCCUCCAUUUCCCCGCAGCUACUGGAGUUUGUCAUCAACAUGGCUGACGGCAAUGGAAACACAGCUCUGCACUACACUGUCUCUCACUCCAACUUCCCUGUAGUUAAUCUGCUGCUGGGAACUGGCCUCUGUAAUGCUGACAAGCAGAACAAGGCUGGUUACACGGCUAUCAUGUUGACAGCUCUGGCUGCCUUCAACUCUGACGGUGACCUUCAAACCGUCCUACAGCUGCUCUGCACAGGCGACGUCAAUGCCAAAGCCAGCCAGGCAGGGCAGACGGCACUGAUGCUGGCGGUCAGUCAUGGCAGAGGGGACAUGGUGAAAGCUCUGCUGUCCUGUGGAGCCCAGGUGAACCUGCGUGAUGAUGACGGCUCCACGGCGCUCAUGUGUGCCUGUGAACACGGUCACGUGGAUAUCGUGCGGCAGCUGCUGUCUGUGCCAGGCUGUGAUGCCACGCUCACUGAUAAUGAUGGCAGCACGGCUCUCUCCAUUGCUCUGGAAGCCAGUCAGAAUGACAUCGCUGUGCUUCUGUACGCGCACCUCAAUUUUGCUAAGCCGCCUUCCCCUGUGUCACCAAAGUCUCCUAUUCUGGGAUCUUCUCCUCCCUCCUCUGAACUGAAGUAAAUGGAUGCCAUGAAUGUGAUGUCAACUCUUCCAGCUUACGUUCCUCGUCCAUUCCAGUGUGUGUGUGGGUGUGGGUGUGGAGGUGUGUGUGUUUGUAUACCCACAAUUUAGCAUGUACAACUUUUAUAGAUAUAAAAAUUGUGCACUCUUAAAAAGGAAACUAGCACUUGGCACCAUCGGUCCUUUAUCUGUUGUUUUCUGCUCCUUUUGUAGCUCAUUUAAGUGCGCGUGACUCAAAUAAGAAUAACAACGAGCGUGUAAUAGCAAUAUCAUUUAUCUAGCUGUCCAUUUGUUGACAUGAAACAAGUGUUACCAUAUAAAGUCAAAUUAUAAAAGUGCAUUUACUUUUAACUACCCAGCAGCAAUUUUUAACAACCAUUUAGUCAUAUAGUCCAACAGCAUUGAUUACAUUUAUAAGAGCAUUGUACAAAAAAAAAAAAAAAGUUUAUCUUGAUCAAGUGUC